CACAACAUACUCGUACGUAUAAGUAUAUUUGAACAUCUCACCUUUGUGACAAUUACAUUACAUUUUCGAGAAUUUUCGAGAAUAACACUAUAUAAUAACAGAACUUUGAAGUUAGAACAGUAUAUUUAAAGGAGUCUCAUCGAUAGCGUCAGUGCUUCCAAAAUAUCUUUCAAAAUGAUAUAUAAAAUGGACAGUGUCCUAUUAUUUUUGUUUGUAAUUCUAUCAUUCGUUACCGCUCAGUUUGAUAGUGCGCCUGAAGGAAAUAGAGCUUUAGGUAGCUUCGGGCCACCAGGCCCAGACCAAGGGAGAUUUGGACAAGGUGGAUUUGGUCGAGGCCGAUUUAAUCAAGGUGGAUUCAAUCAGGGUAGAUUUGACCAAGGUCGAUUUAAUCAAGGUGGAUUUGGACCGGGUGGAUUCAACCAAGGCGGAUUUAGACCGGGUGGAUUCAAUCAAGGCGGAUUUGGACCGGGUGGAUUCAAUCAAGGUGGAUUUGGACCGGGUGGAUUCAAUCAAGGCGGAUUUGGGCCGGGUGGAUUCAAUCAAGGCGGAUUUGGCCAAGGUGGAUUCGGGCAACGUUUAGGUGCUACUAGAGAAUAAAUAAAAUUAAAGUUGAAUUUUAGUCUGCUUUUAUUUAUAACAUACGUUUUAUUUGAAGACUUUGUUUUUAUGUGAAUAUUGAACAUUGUACAAAUAUUGACAUGUAAAUUAUUUUUCAUGUUAUAUUUCUUAUGACUUGUCAAAUUUGAACCAUGCUUAAUAAAAAUAUUUUUUUGUUUA